AGGCCGUCAAUCACGACAGUCAGAGUUAUUCACUCUUUGCCGCUUCCGGUUUCACUCUGGACCUCAGCGCGCGUGAACUUGGGAAACAUAUAUCGAGAGUUUUCUCUGUCACCCAGGACUGUUUAAUUCUGUUCAAAGUGUGGUUUGGAAUGAUCACUGGACGCUUAUUCCGUUCAUGGACUUAGCAUUGGCUUACUCAAGUCUUUAGUAGCACUUUAAAGAGAAAGAAGAUCACCUGUAACAGUUGACCAAUGACACCUGUCGUCUCUUCUGCGCUCGCUUUAACAGAAACUGUGCUGUAAACAAACCACGGGCAUAUUUGAACGUUUGAUGACGCAGUUAAGAUGAAAGUGACUGUAAAUUUCGGGGAAACGAAGAUUGUCGUCCCGUGUAAAGACGACUGGAUGGUACGGGAUUUGAUCGAUCAAGCCACUCAAAGAUACAAGAAGAUUAUUGAACAGCAGGAUGUGGAAUUCCUGGUGCGGACGCUCCAUGUGGAGUAUAUGGACGGGGGGAUCCUGGACCCAGACGAUAUGCUAACAGACCUAGUGGAGGACAAAGACAAGCUGAAGGCUGUGUAUGAGAAGAUGGAGCUCCAGCAGAGGGCGAUGGUGAGUCCCGGAGGGAGUGUGGCGUCCGGUCGCUCCAGCCCUGACCCCUCUGAACCUGAGCUCAGCGUCCUGCAGCCCUACCUGGGCAGUGAGAUAGUGGUCACCCCCACUGCCCUCAAAUCAACCACACCUCUAUCCGUGCGAAGCAGCAGCGACCCCGCCCUCGCCCCACCCCUGGAUAUCAUUUCACAGGACCCUGAGGACCCCAGCAGACCCCAGUCCACUGGUGUUGGUCAUGCAACCACUGUGAAGGGAGGAGCCAUGGACCAAACCAAGGUGGAUGUCCCAAACUCCAAGACUGGGCAAUUCAACUUAAGCAGUCUAACACGGACAGUAGAUAUUUCUGCAGACCUCGGGCCUUUGGGCAUCAAAGUCACAUCAUACUGCUCCUCACUGAGUGGAAGGACUCUGGGUCUAAAUAUCCGAGCCAUCGAGAAGAACAGCCGCUCCGAACAAGAGGGGCUCUUUGAAGAGGACGAGUGCAUCGUGCAGAUCAAUGACACCGAGUUAAUAGACAAGUCCUUUGCUCAGUCUCAAGAGGUGUUUCGCCAAGCCAUGUCUUUUCCCACCAUACGUUUGGAGGUGCUUCCUGUCGCCAACAGGCUCCGCUAUGAGAAAAGCCUCAUUGGGCAGCUUUUCAACAACACUGAACCAGACCCUGUGGUCCCUAAAGUCAAGAGUCCUUUCUUGGUCCAUAAACUCAAAACCAAUACAUCUACGCCAUCUCCAGAGCCACCUGCCUCACAAACCCCGCCCCCAAAGGAGGAGGAGAUUCAGCCUGCAAGACACACCCCCAUUGAAACAGAUCAUCGCAGAGCCACGCCUUCUCCUCCGGUCAGCGCGUCACCCACCCUGAAAGAUCGCAGCGAGAGCCCCGCCCCCAAAAAGACCCCGGCCCUCGCCACACUAGUUAAUAUGAUCAACAAAAAGUCUGGGAAGAAAAUGAAGAUCGAUUUAAAGAAAGGAACGGAGGGCCUUGGAUUCACCGUGGUAACCAGAGACUCGUCCCUUCAUGGUCCAGGACCCAUUAUGGUCAAGAGCAUCCUGCCCCGCGGAGCUGCUGUUAAAGAUGGACGGCUCAAGUCUGGAGACCGUAUCCUAGAGGUAAAUGGAGUGGACAUCACAGGACGCACACAAGAGGAACUGGUGGCUAUGCUGCGGAGCACCAAACUGGGAGAAACUGUGUCUCUUGUAGUCGGAAGACAAGAGGAGUUUUUGCCCAGAGAACUGAAAGGAGAACCAUCAGGUCCGCUUCUGUCUGAGGACGGGCGAGAGCAGCUGAUGUUUGAAGUUCCUUUGAAUGACUCCGGCUCAGCUGGUCUAGGGGUCAGUCUGAAGGGUAAUAAGUCUCGAGAGACUGGAGAAGACCUGGGCAUCUUCAUCAAGUCCAUCAUCCACGGCGGCGCUGCACACAAGGACGGUCGCUUGCGUAUCAAUGACCAACUGAUAGCUGUUAAUAGUGAAUCUCUUCUCGGACGCUCAAACCAUGAUGCCAUGGAAACCCUGCGCCACUCUAUGUCGACUGAAGGGAACCUCAGAGGAACCAUCCAGUUGGUGGUUCUGCGUGCUCUGGAGCACUCAUCUGUACAGGAAAAUCAAGAAAGCAGUCAAACUCUCACCAGAAACGACUCUCCUGCUCAUCAACUUCCUAACAGCAAACACACCAACAGUUCCGUUCCACCAUCCACAGCAAGCAGUCGUAUGUACGAGCCUACUUCUGCUGUGAAUGGAUCCCAUGGCGCACAACAGGAACUUCCAGAGGAAGAUUACGAUGAAGAGGGUUUCCCCCCUCCACCUUCUGAUCUGGACCUGCUGGAAACAAACGCUCCACACAAACACCAACAAGAUCGGGCUGAAAUGGAGCCUGUUUCUAAUAUGAUCCUCCCCACCAACCAACAAAACCCUCAACGACAGAACGUCCCAGAUUACCCCACCAACAAGUCCUCCAAGAGCAUGGAUUUAGUGGCGGAUGAGAGUAAUGUGGCCUCCAUUCAAGGACAGAGACCUGAACCCCUUUCUUCUAACGGGACGGCGCUGGGACCCAGGUUAGGUCUACAGAAGUCCAGUUCUCUGGAGAGUCUCCAGACAGCGAUGGAGGAGGUCAGUAAGGACGAGGUGCCCUUCCAUCGUCCACGCACACACAUGGUGAGGGGCCGAGGCUGCAACCUCAGCUUCCGCCACGCCAUCGACAAGUCCUAUGAAGGGCCUUCUGAACCUGAGGAUGAUGACUCUGAGGAAGACUCCGGAAGAGACACGCCUGCCAGCAGCUCCUCUCGACAGGAAGUAGAUGAUGACAAGAAGGUAAAGAAAAAGAAAACCAAAAAGAAGAAAGAGAAAAAGACCAAAAAGAAGGAUGAGCCUGAAGACCUUGAGAAAAAGACAAAGAAAAAAGGAUUUGGAUUGUUGAGGUUUGGGAGAAAAAACAAAACCAAGGCUAAAGAACUGGGAGCUUUGAGCGAAGAGGAGGUGUACAAGAGUGAACCUGAGAUGUUUCUGUCAAAGAGUGAAAGGAACAGCCCUGCUCCUGUCCGCGCCAUCUUCCCGGACGUCGAAGACGAUGACCUGGAUCCCAACUAUGCUCGCAUCAACAAUUUCAGAGAACCUCCCGCCUCCAGCCACUCUCCCUAUCCACCUGGAACUCCCACCCAAAACCACACUCAGCCUACUCUCCCUGCCCCCAACAGAGAGCCGCCCAAUGAGGACGCGCUAGAGGGGCUUUAUGCAAAAGUGAACAAGCAAAGAACUGCCCCUCCAAAGACUGACAGUAAUGAAGAACGAUUGCAGCAAAUCAGGAAUCAGCUUCAGCAGGUGAGACCAGCUCCAUCCUACGACGACCAGACAGCCCGAAGACGACCGGAGUACGACCCUUCACGAAUCAGAGGGCCUGAUCCAAGAAUGGCUCCGAGAUACAAUGACCCCGAUCGACUAUAUGCCUCCGUGCCCAGGAGGAUGCCCAUGGAGGACUACCCGAAUCAGAACUGGGCCAACCAGAGAGACCCUGUCCAUUACCCCAACCCCAUCUACGAGACCCAUCAAGACAACUAUCCUCCACGCUCUCCCCGGUUGCCUGUACCCAGACCCGCGGAGGCCAUGGAUGGUUACUACCCCUCAUCUCCAGCCCAACAGAGGGGUCCCGUGAGGCAUGAUGUCCCUCCCUCUUUGAACCCAGGUGCCAGAGCCCCACCGCGAUAUGAUACGCUAAAACAGGGGAACUAUCGGGCCGCCAGUCCUGAUCAUUACGGGCCAUACAGAGAUGAACAAUACCAAGAUCCCCGGCAGAAAAAACCAAUGAUUGGAACUGUCUAGAGGAGGAGGAAGUAGAUUUGUACUGAAAAAGUUAAGUGAUUAUAUAAUUCUGUCCAUUUAAAAAGGAACAAUUAAGGAACAACUAAUUAGUUUUCUUAGACUUAUGAGAAGAGAAGGCUUGACAUAACCAUUUAUUACUCCAUAUUGAACUAGUUAAGUAAAAUUUGUGAUUUGUUUGGGACGUCAGCUUUUUCUUCUCUUAAUUAGUAUCUGUCCUGGUAAUUAGUAUCUGUUCUGAACAGCAAGUCAAUUUUACGAGUCGAUUACGUUUGAAGGAAGCACAUUGGGUUUGUAUAUAUAUAUGUACGUUUUGCAUGAAUUUAAUUCAUGAUGCAACACAAAUGUGUAUAUGAUGGUCUACCGUGGUAAGUAUGGCCAUUUCUUCCCCUCAUGAUUAUGUAUCGUUUUGUUGAUGACAUGAUUAGUAGUCGCUUAUUAUCCUUAAAUAUCUGAUUUUCUCAGAGCAUUGUUUGUUUAUAUAUCCGGUGCCUUAUGCUAGCUUGAGUGUGAAGUUUUUAAAUGUGAAGAAAUUCACCAUCAGUUUACUUUUUGUGUUUAUACGAAAUGUUUUUUUAUUUUUUUUAUUGCGCUUUAUUGCCUUUGGAGUAACUCCUAAAAGACUCCACUUACUCUGUAAAGUGUUUUUCAUUACGAUGUUUUGAGGAUAAUAUUCUCUUUCAACCACUUCUCUCCUUGAUUCAUUUUAGUAAACUCAUUCUAAGGCCCAAAAAAAAAAAAAUGGGCAAGGUUACACAAAUAGCUGAUCCAAUAUCAAAGUCUCGAACUGUUUUGGCUUUUUUUGUUCUUAGGUCGAGGUUUUUACAUUCUUGGCAUUUGUUUUCCCAUUUAGCCAUUUUAUCGUAGUGCUGCAUGAAAUACUGCCCCUAGGUGCAAUACACAGUGCUCUAUGCACAGGGCUCUUGUAGUGAAUAAUCGUUAUUGUUGGAUCAUUGCUUUAAAGUGCAUCUAUUAUGCCCCUUUUUACAAGAUGUUAUAUUAGUCUUGAGUGUCGCCAGAAUAUGUCUGUGGAGUUUCAGCUCAAAAAAUACCCCACAAAUAAUUUAUUAUACAAUGGGGAAAAUUUAUUUUUGGGGGCAUGUCUAAAAAAAAGAGCCAUUUUGGUGUGUAUCACUUUAAAUACAAAAGAGCUGCAUAUUCCCACCCGGUCUUCAGAAGUCCUCAUUAAUCCUUUAAUGAGGAUUAAAAAAUAAGGAGUGGGUGGAUUUUUUUAAUCAUUUUAGGGUUGUGUACACACUGCCAACACGUAUUUAUGUCCAAACGCCAUGUAAAAGUGGAUUUUGCAUAAUAGGUGCCCUUUAAAAACAAGACUUGCUGAUAUCCUUGGUUUGUAAAAUGAUCUGUUUGUUGUAGUUAGGAGAUAUGUUGCCAGUCAAAACAGGAUCCUGUAAGAACCAACUUAGAAAACAAACUUCAUGAAUUUUUGCACCCACUUUGUUUUUUUGCACAUUUAACGCCUGAACGAAGAGGUUUACAGGAAAAUUGUCAGAUAGAAACUGAAUAUUCUGAGAAUACAUGAAGUUUUGUUGAUUUUAUUUGUAAGAUUUUACCUUAUACACAUGUUACUCUAUAGACUUUACAGUAUGUACGGACAAUCAUUCGGUGUUCAAACUUGUGUCUUGUCAUUGAAAUGUUGAUUUUAAUUUCUAUAUUUUCGUAUCACAUUUUUCAAUUAAUGUUUAUGGAAAUCUGCUAUCUUUGCGUUUAUUUUUUAUUUUACUUGGAUUUUAUUUAAUUGAAUUUUUAUGUUUUUAUUUAAUCGUUUUAUAUUUGUUUUUUUUUUUUUUGUUUUUGUUUUUAAUUUAACAAAAGAGACCAAAUACUGUGCAGUUUUACUUAUUGUUUGUUUAUUUGUUUUUACUCUUACAUUUUUAGGAGAUUAUCAGAUAACAUGUAUAACAACAUGUAUACAAUUUGUGGUGUUGUUUUUAUUUUUAAAGUUGAGCAAAUGUUGUAUUAAAUGGAAAGAAGUGUGUGUUGCCACUACACACUCCAUAAGCAAAAAUGAAUCUUGAUGUUAUAGGUCUACAUUUUUGGGUUAAAUAAUAUGGAUAAUAAUAUGAAAUUUUGGUACUUUUUUUAUUUUAAAUGAAAUUCUAUAACUUUUUUUUUUUUUUUUUUUUUUUGUAAAUAAAGUGGUGUUUUGGUUAAUGACAUGUGGAUGAUGACUUCAGUGAUGGCGUCCCACAGUAAAGCUGUUUGGUAUUCAUUGUGCUCUUGUACAGUCCUUUACACUUCAUACUCAUAAUGAUGACUGAGAGAACCUACUUAUUUAACAUUACUGAUAAUUACUCCUGCUGAUUAGUACUAAUUUCUCCUCUACUAAUUAAGCUACAGAGGGCUGCACUGAAGCUAUUAGGGCCUAAUGGACCUAUUUAGGAAAUCUUGCUGAUUAGGAAAUUUGGCAUUAAAGUGUUUGCAUAUAUCUGGGCAGAAUUUCAGUUUUAUUAACCUGUGGAUGACAAGAGAGAGAGAUGUUAGGUGGGAGCACUGUCGAACAAAAGGUUGAUAAAAAAUGAAAAGAGAGAUAAUAACUGUGAUGAUCUUCAUUAUUUAGAAAGAAGACCACCACUCGUGGAUAUUAUGGGCCACAGUGCAUUUUAAAAGGGCCUUAUCAUAAACAGUAUUUUCUUGCUCCUUUAAAAUAUACGUUGUAUUAAUAUACUGUGUAGACUUAUGCUAAAUCUUUGUAAAAUGUAUAAGAAACUAGUAUUUGUUUUGCAGGCCUAAUUAUCAACAGAUUUUUUUUUUCAAUGCAUUUAAUGUAUUAUAUUUUAGUUUGAUCAUUUUUAUUUAAUAUUUUGCAUUUUUAGGGGAUUU